UUCCACGCUAUUCAUACCUUAAAGUUAAUUCCGAUUUCCGAAGAAAAAAAAUUUCCUCUCCAAUAAUGAGGAGUCCGAAGGGGAAAUCACUUGAAAGAAACGGGAUACGAAAGAAGCCGACAAUUGGAGAAGCGCCGAUUAGCCCAAUCGAUUGGAAACGAGAGGUUUGGUCUGAGAAUCUCACGAAAGAAAUAGAGCUUUUGAAACAAUAUCUUCCAAAAUUUCCGAUAGUCGCUAUUGAUACAGAGUUUCCAGGUAUAUUUUUGUGCGUAGUAUUAUGGAUGGAUUGUUAAGAGUUUAGGGUUGGUUUUACCAUUAGCAGUGAAUGAAUUAUUUAUAGGGUUUCUCCGAUACACUCCAAAAGGCGUUACAGAGGAAGAAUUUUAUGAUUGUCUACAAUUCAACGUGAAUCGAUUGAGCAUACUUCAAUUGGGUCUCACACUCUGCGAUCAACAAGGAAACAUAGGAAUGACUUGGGAGUUUAAUUUUAGAGAGUUUGAUCAGAUUUCCGAUAUGAAAAAGGUUUCUUCAUUGGAUUCAUUUUUGAAGAACAAGGGUUUUGAUUUUGAGAAAUUGAGAAGCCAUGGAAUUAAGCCUAAGGAAUUUGGUAGGUUAUUCUUACCCAUUCUUCAGAGUGGUGUAAUCCAAAGAUGGAUUACCUUCCAUGGAUUUUACGAUAUUGGUUAUCUUAUGAAGCUUGUCCAGAUUAGAUUCAUGCCUACUUCUAUGGCUACCUUCGCUACAACUGCUCAACGUUUGUUGGGUACUGUCACUGAUCUCAAACAUAUGGCGCGGUACUGCGAUGGUCUCCUCGACGACAACUUAGGCCUAAAAAAACUAGCUAAGUUGCUUGGUGUUAAUCGAAUUGGUACUGCACAUUUUGCUGGUUCUGAUAGUUUGCUAACGGCCUCCGUUUAUGCUAAGAUGAAGACCAUAUUCAAGCUCCCUGAACAACUCUCCGAAGGCAUUUUGUAUGGAUUGCCUCACCCAAUUCGAGCCUUCCGACAACCUGUCACUAUCGUCAGUCCAUCUCCGUCAUCCAGAUGCUUGGUGUCGUCUUUCAGUCGUUCGUCACCAAUAUUCAUCGGCGAUUUUCUUAUUAUUGGGUGAGGAUUUUGAUUAGUGUUUAUUCUUUUGAUUUACGGUAGUUAGAACAUUAUUGUCAUUCUUUUAUAAAUUAUUGGUACGAGGUCAAAAGAUGAGGGUGCU